UCCAUUCCUGAGGUGCGACUAGUAAUGCAAGAGGAACACAGGUGUUGCUAUACCCAGCAGCCAUGAAGAUCCUCUUGGUUUUUGAUUUUGAUCACACCAUUAUAAAUGAUAAUAGCGAUACCUGGAUUGUCCAGUGUGUGCCCGGGAAAAAGCUUCCAAACGGGUUGCAGAAUUCGUAUGAGAAGGGCAAAUGGACAGAAUAUAUGGGCCGAGUGUUCAGCUACCUGGGAGAGCAAGGAAUACGAGAAGAGGACAUGAAAAGGAUCAUGAUUGCUAUUCCCUACACCCCAGGGAUGACAGAGUUACUCCAUUUUAUUGCCCAAAACAAAGGCUUCUUUGAUUGCAUCAUCAUCUCAGAUUCCAACACCAUCUUCAUUGAUUGGAUUCUAACGCAUGCCAAUGUUCACAAUGUUUUCGACAAGGUGUUCACUAACCCUGCAGCUUUCGAUAGUGUUGGAAAUCUCACCGUUCAGAAUUGUCACGUUCACCACUGUGCAACAUGUCCUACAAAUCUGUGCAAAAAGAAGGUCUUGGAAGAGUUUGUAGCCAAGCAGUCCUCAAACUCGGUGCACUAUUCUAAAAUUGUCUAUGUCGGUGACGGGGGGAAUGAUCUCUGCCCUGUGACGUUCCUUAAGAAGAGUGACAUUGCCAUGCCAAGGGCAGGUUAUACUUUAGAUAAGCGCAUUGCCAAGGAUGAUGCCUUGGUUGAUUCAGCUAUAAGUGUAUGGUCAACAGGUGCUGAAAUCCUGUCUCAGCUGAAGCUGCUGUUAGAACACUAGGAAAUAAUACAUGUUGUGAUAUCAAAUGUCACGUAUUUCAUUGGUGGCAGUGCCAUCAGUAACACAAGAUGGAGGAUGCAAAGUAGCUCUUAGAGGUACAGUGCAUAUAGAAACCUAAAAAAAUACACCUGCCCCAUACCUACAAUCCAGACCCAAAAUCUGGCACAAAACCACCAGGCAUAAUGCCAACAGAGAGCGAGAAGUGUAUGAAAAGGAAAGUAUUUAUACAUCUGACCUAACAGCAAAAACAUUUUACCAGUGCUUUAUUUACAUGCCCAACUCAAUACCAUCUUAAACUUGGGCCAUAGUGAAAGACACUCAUGGGUCAACUUACAGCUGGACUCUAAAUUAUGGGAUAGGGAUGUUUAUUUGCUUUACUUAUGGGAAUGUUGAAUACACAAAUAUAGUACAGAAUGUUUGCAUGACUCGUUGCUGCCCUUCAUUUUAUAUGUAUAACUAUUAGCUCCUUCCGAUAUUAAAUCAGAAGCACAAUAGCCUUGUGCCCAUCAAAACACAGAAAGAUAGUUGUUGCUUAUAGAUUUAGACAUCCAAUGCUUAUGGAUCUAGAUACUCUGUGCUUAUAGAUAUAGAUAUCCAGUGCAUAUAGAUAUCCAGUGCAUAUAGAUCUAGAUAUAACUUGUGAUUAGACACAGGAUGGAAAUGAUGGCAGCCAAAUGCUGGAGAACAGGAAAUCCAUACAAUUCAUGUUAUCGAAUAUAUUAUAUACACAGUAGCAUAUAUUGUACCUGGCCUUUGUAAAGUAGAAGUAUUUUCCUUCCUCCUCUGCCAAGCUACUCGGGUUCUAGAACACAGUUUCUGUAAAACUACAGCUCCCAUCAUUUUAAAACCAAAGGGGCUGUCCUGGGGGGUAUUUUAGGGGCUGUAGUUCUGCAACUUUAGCAGUGCCAAUAGCAUACAAUUUAUUCUUGAGUAAUGCUCUGACAUUCCUCAUCUUGGCUGUAUAUAGCUAGUAACGUGAUUUUUGUAUUUGAGGGUUACUUUGUUACUAGAUAAAAAUGCACCUAAUCCACUUCAAGUACAGACUUUGAGUAACUGUGCUUGUAUGUAUGUACUGUAUGUAUGUAUGUAUGUGUACAGCCGAUGUCAGGUCAGGACAUAAAAUGACCAGCUUUUAAUCAA